AUGAGUUCCCAAACAUCUGGAAAAAUUUGUAAUCCUUUAAAAAAAAUUGUCAGCCAAAAUAGAAGAAGAUACAUUUGUGAAAAUUUCAACUUAGACCUAACGUAUAUAACAGACCGAAUAAUUGCUAUGGGUUAUCCGGCUGAACAUUCAGAAAAAUUUUAUCGUAAUAGUAUGGAAGAUACAAAAAAUUUCUUAGAACAAUAUCAUUCUAAACAUUAUCUUGUAUUUAAUCUCCGUGGUCAAUUUACUUAUGAUGAAAAAAAUUUUGACAAUAGGGUACGAGUAUUUGAAAUGACUGAUCAUCAUCCACCUAAAUUAGAACUUAUAGCACCAUUUUGUAGAGAAGUUCAUAGAUAUUUACAAGAAGAUCCCAAAAAUGUUGUUGCUGUACAUUGUAAGGCAGGAAAAGGUAGAACGGGUGUUAUGAUAUGUGCAUAUCUUGUAUACAUAAAUUUUUUUUUGUCACCCCGUAAAAUUAUGGAAUAUUAUAGUAUAAUAAGAACUAUGAAUAAUAAAGGUAUUACUAUUCCAUCACAAAGAAGAUAUGUCUAUUAUUUUCAUCAUUUACGUCAAAAAAAUCUUAAUUAUAUUCCCUUAAGAAUUGAAUUAGUUGGUAUUUAUAUAGAAAGACCUCCAAGAUCAGAUUCAAAAUUUACAAAAGGAUUAUUAAAAAUUAGAGUUGCUGAAAGAGAUAUAGAAAUAUUUUGUGGUAAAGGUUUACUUUUUAAUAGUAAAAUGGCUGAAGAAGAAGAAGAUAUAUGGAAGAAAUAUUCAUUAGGUAUAGGUGAAGAUCAUUAUAAUCCUAAUAAUCCAGAAGAAGGAAAAAAUGUUAUAUCAAGGCGUUGUUAUGGUUGGAAUAUUAGUAAAUCUGGUAAAAGAGUGUUUUUAGAAGGUGAUAUAAGAGUUGAUUUAUUUUGUGAACCUCAGGUAAAACUUAUUGGUUAUAAAAAAAAUGAUAUUAAAAUUGGACAUAUUUGGUUUAGUACAAUGUUUACUUGUCCUGGUUAUUGUGGAGGUAAUUAUAUACAUGGAGAUGAAGUAUAUACAUAUCCUAAUAAUAAAUCAGAUUUAGUAAAAGAAAUUAUAAAACCAAUAAAUAAAUCUUGUAAUGAUAAAAACAAUGAUUUUCAAAGUUGUGAUGAUUCAUUAUUAUUAAAUUAUAAUAAUCAUGUUGAAAUUGAAAAACACAACAAAUCAAAUAGUUUUACUAAAGAAAGUUGCAAAAGUUCAUCUAAAAUUGCUAUAUCUAUUGAUAAGGUUAAAAAAAAAUUUACAAAAAAUUCAGAACAAUUAAAUAAAAGUUUACCUGAGACAGAUUCAAUAAAAGAAGGUGAAAUAUUUAAUUGUAAUUCACCAAAAUAUGAUAAUAAUACAAAAUUUAUAAAAGAACUUGUAGUUGAAAAACCACCUGGUUUAGAUGAUCAUUGUUCAGAAUUAUCAUUAAAUCUUAUUUAUCCUGAUGGCCGCAAACCUCCAAGAUAUUGUAUUAAUGAAAUGUUAAAAAAAGCUUAUGAAAAAAAUUUAAUUGUUGAUACGUAUAAUGAGAGACGUUUUUCUUUUACAUCAAAUGGAAAAUUAAUACCUAAAUCACCAGAAGGUGAACCAGAUGGUAAUGGACCUUAUACUUUAGUACGUAAGGAAGAUGAACAUGUACAAAUUUAUAAUUCUAUAGAAAUUGACAGGGCAUAUAAAAAUAAAUUAGUUGAUGAUGGAUUUAAAUUAAUAAUUGUCACAAGAUGUAUUGAUACUGAAAAUAAAGAAGAAGUUGCAAUGGCAAAAAAAUUUGUUGAUGAAACAUAUAAAAAACAAAAAGAACGUGAUGCUAGAAAAAGUAAAUAUAAUAAAAAAUCACAAUAUAAUGAAAAUGAUUCAAAUAAUGAAGAUGAAAGAAAAAAAGAUGUCUUUAAUAAAAGUGAUUUUCAUGAUCAACAUUUUAAAGAUGAUCCACGUUUAGAAGAUGUUCAACAAAGAAGAUAUUUUUUUAGACAGCGUAUUGAUUCAACUUCACAACAUCCUGAAAUACAUUAUCAUUGUCCUUUUAAAAAAUAUUCCUCAAAGGAAUGUAUCAAUAAUAUGUGUAGAAAAAAUAACAAGUUAAAAGACAACUGCACAAACAAUACUAAAGAGCAAACUAAUACUAACAUUGAACAUGAAAAUAUUUCUUCAUUAGAAGAAAAUACAAUCCAUGAAACAGCAAAACUUUUUUAUUCCAAUAAUGAUGAAGUUACUAAAGAGUGUAUAAACAAUGACAAUCAGGAUAUUCAGAAUUGUGAAAAAACUAGUCCUGAUUGUCUACCUAUUUCUGAAAAUUGUGAUAGUCGUAAAAUUAAUAAUUUUUCUUCAAAAAAUAUUAUUGAUAAUACUAUUAAUCAAGAGAAAGAAAUUGUUUCUAAUAAUAGUGUCUCAUCUAUAAAAAGUUUACUAGAUGAUAAAUGUGUUAUCGAAGAAGGCGAUAAUUCUGAAAGUAGUUGGGGAACAUCUUCAUCUUGCUCAUCAACCACUAGUGUAGUUAAUUCUAGUUUCUAA